GGGAGCUUCCGCCAACCCGGCAACCGUAAAUAACCUUGGUGGAGGUCUCAGCGGCCUCCGGGAUGGCCGGGCCUCUGUGCCGAACGGCGGGACGGCUGAGCUUGCUGAGUCGACUCGUGCGCGCCGGAGGCAAGCUGGGCCCACGCCCGGGAGUGCGGCGGGCAAGUGAAGAUAUACAUGCUAAUAGUCACUACCGCCAAUUUGUACAACCACCACAGUUCUCAGUGAUAAUAGGUGAAGCAGCCAGUAGUCUCAUGUGGUUCUGGAUUUUGUGGCGCUUCUGGCAUGACUCAGAUGAAGUGCUGGGUCACUUUCCUUACCCAGAUCCUUCUUUGUGGACAGAUGAAGAGCUAGGAAUUCCUCCAGAUGAUGAAUAUUAAACAUGUGAUUUCAAAGUGGCUCUUAAAAUAGGUUACUUUGCUUAAUCUACUGUUGCAAAAUAAGGAAUAUCACAUUAAAAUUGAACUACACCAGAAAUGUCUGCAGUGCUAUUUCUUAUUACCCACUUAUAGGGGCAUAUUUCACCAUCCUGUUUCACCUUGUAUUUUGUUUCAGCCUAUUUAUUUUCCUAAUAAUACUAGGAAUUAUUCAGAUGUGGAACAUCAACAUAACAUUUUUUAAAAAUUAAAUAACAGUAAGCAGACUUAAAAAAACACUUGAAGCAGUAUUUAGAAUCUGGUCUCAAGGAUGGAACUGUGUUAUGGUAGACUGCGUGUCUUGUUCAAAUGUAGUUUGAUUAAUUAUUUAAAUGUGCUUAAACAGCAGAUUCAACUAAAUUAUUUGUAUUCAUUGCUUAUAGACUUAUGGAAGGAUAUACACAGAAAAUAUUUUGCUUUACAUAAGAAUAUGAAUUUUAACUAAUAAAUUAUAAAGACAG